UUUGAUUAGAUUGGAGAAGAGCAUGAUGAAUCAAAUGGAAAAAGAAGCAAGGCAAAUGAAGUUAAGGAGAAAGAAGAAGCAAAUGAUAAUAAGGACAAUUCAAAGCCUCCUGAGCAUUCUACUAAGGACUAUAUUCAUGUCAGAGCUCGAAGGGGACAAGCUACUGACAGCCAUAGCCUUGCUGAGAGGGUUAGGAGAGAAAAGAUUAGUGAAAGAAUGAAAUUCCUGCAAGAUCUUGUUCCUGGUUGCAACAAGGUGACUGGAAAAGCUGUAAUGCUAGAUGAAAUAAUAAACUAUGUGCAGUCAUUGCAGAGACAAGUUGAGUUUCUUUCGAUGAAGUUGUCUACUCUUAAUCCAAGGAUGGAAUUGAACUUGGAAACUAUCCUCUCAAAGGAUAUCUUCCAAUCUCGCACUUCAAUGGCACAAAAUCUUUACCCUUUCGAAUCGGCUUAUGGAACAACAAUGAACACAUUCUCAGUUGAAUCUUUGAACAAUGGUUCAAUUCACCAAAAUACAAGCUUGCAGGUUCCUCCUGUUGAAAAUCAUGUAGACAUUGCUUCUUCUCAGGCUGCAACAUUUUGGGAUGAUGAACUCCAUAGUGUUGUGAAAAUGAGUUUUGGCGAAAAUCUGUUUCAGAAUUCUCAAUAUUAAGAGAUCUAGAAGCGGGUUUUACUCGAGGUCAAUUUAGAACGAAAACCGGGAUCGAUUCGAUUAGAUUCUGUACAGUGAGUGUAAAAGGAAGGGAUUAUGAGCUCCAAGUUUGAUGGGGAAAGAACACCUUGAAGGGAAGUUUUACUGAUCAUUAGGCAGUUUUCAGUUAAAUAACUGCCGUAAAUAAUUGUAAUUGUAAUUUUUUUUUUGUAUAAUUAUUUUAGAACUGAUUGUAACAGAGGCCAUAGGAAUUUAUGUCAAAAGGCACUGGUGGGAAGAAGUGUGUGACAGAGAUGAUUCCUUUUUUUUUUUUGGUUCAAAUCAUUGUACUGAAAAAUUAUUUAAAUGUAUUUUCUUACCAAAUCAUCAAUUAUAUAUUUUAUUCCCCUAAUUGAUUCCAGUUGGUUGUUGAUAAUGAUAUGCCAUUGAUUGUCUCUA